CCACACGAACCGUAAUAGAAGAACCUGACCCAACAUCUAACUCCACACUGAGUUUUCACUCAUCACAGUCACAGGUAGCUUUCGCACUUUUCCCUUUUUUCGUGCGUAAAUUGUUCCCAUUGUUGUUCUCUUCUUCUCUCUUCACUUCACACACACUCUUCCAAACACACGAUCACACCCUUCAAUCACAACCACCAUCAACACAUUCCUCAGAUGGCCUUGCAAACCGCUACUCCUCCAACUACUCCCAGUGCCGAAGUGGUUGGUAAUGCAUUUGUUGAGCAGUAUUACCAUAUUCUUCACCAAUCUCCGGAGUUGGUCUAUCGGUUUUACCAGGAAUCUAGUGUGAUAAGCCGGCCCGACUCCAAUGGUGUGAUGACAUCAGUUACAACCAUGAAAGGCAUUAGCGAGAAGAUUCUUUCACUAAACUUCAAGGAAUAUAAAGCCGAGAUAAAGACUGCAGAUGCUCAAAAGUCGCACAAGGAAGGAGUGACUGUGCUGGUGACCGGAUGCCUGACUGGAAAGGAUAACUUGAGAAGAAAAUUUGCGCAGUCGUUCUUCCUUGCUCCACAAGAUAACGGCUUUUUUGUUCUGAAUGAUGUUUUUAGGUAUGUAGAAGACCGUGAACCUUCGGAACUGAAUCCAGUUAAUGGAGACGAUGAUGCAAUUGCUGUUACUGUUAUCCCAGAACCAGAACCAAGUUACGUUGCUGAUCCUCCUGCACCAGAUCCUGCAAAUUCUCGUGCGAAAGAAGGCCAUGUUGCUAUUGAGAAUGCUUAUGAGCCUCCAUCUAACCAUCACGAGAAACUAAUAGUUUCCGAAAAUGAAGACAUUGCAGAACUUGAUUUUCAGUCAAAUGAGAAUGAUGAUUCUCAGGCAGCUGAAAUCAGUUCUUUGUCUCAAGAGGAUGCUCCAAAGAAGUCUUAUGCAUCAAUUGUGAAAGUCCCAAAAGGGAAUUUGGUAUCGGCUAAAGUGUAUGUGCCGACUAAUAUGGUAAAGAAGGCGACUAACAAAACUGAGAGCCAAGCAGUUGAGUCAGUAGAAUCAGCUGCAGUGCCUGAAGCAGCGCCGGACAGUGUCGGCAACCCUGAAAGUAAUGAUACUAAUGAGGAAGUUGAGGGACACUCCAUUUACAUUCGAAAUUUGCCAUUAAAUGUAACGGUUGCUCAAUUAGAAGUGGAGUUUAAGAAAUUUGGACCCAUCAAGCCGGGAUGCAUCCAAGUUAGAAAUAAUAAGCAGCAGGGAUACUGUUUUGGCUUUGUUGAGUUCCUAUCACUAAAUUCAAUGAAUAAUGCAAUUCAGGCUUCACCUAUUGCUAUUGGUGGGCGUCAAGCUGUAAUCGAGAUAAAGAGAACCACUACCCGAGUUGGCAGUGGCGCCGGUGGUAUAGGAAGAGCUAGGAUUCCAUCAGGAAGAAGCGGGUUUGGAAACGAGUCAUUCAGGGGUCGUGGGAAUUUUGGUGGUGGUCGAGGCUACGGUCGAAACAACGACUAUGGAAACCGAGGCGAGUUUUCGGGUAGGGGUCGUGGUCCCGGUGGACAUGGAGAAAGUUAUCAUCAAGCGAAAGGGAGAGGGGGCGGUCGGUCUAGUGUAUUUAAACAAAGUGCAGUCUCUACCGAAUGAUUUAUCGCGAGAUCUUUCGAAGGCAUUUUUGGUAGAAUUCAAACAUGGAAGUCUUCAGAUUUUUCAAUUUAUUUGCACAGUUGUAGUAUUUCUAGUUGUUAUUGCCAUGUUUGUGGUUUUUAGCAAUUAUCAGGAGUAGGUUAUAUACUCUCUUGUUGUUUGACUGUAUGUGAUAUUAGGUUAACUGCUUUUUUUUCUUCUUUUUUUUCCAUUAUCCAACAUUUCUAAAUUUGGAUGUUUAUUUGAAAGGAUUAUUUAUUAUUUUAUUAUUCA